AUGGCGUCCUUCCUCAUCCCGAAAUCUGUCCGCUCAGGUGCUCGCAUUGCUCGAAGCGCUUCAAGCCUAGUUUCCAAAACUGCAAUACGAGCGGCGUCGACUACGUCGAAACACCCGGUCAACUUCACGCCUCCCACGACCGAAGAGCUCUACGAACUGCGCGAUCGCGUCCAAGAAUUUACCCGUCGCGAGAUCCCUGAAGAACUAGCCGCGCGGACGGACCGAGAAAAUGACUUCCCCCACUUCAUGUGGAAGAAACUUGGCGAGGCUGGCUUCCUGGGGCCGACGGCUGACGAGGAAUAUGGAGGCCUGGGCAUGGGAUACCAAGCACACAGUGUGAUCAUGGAGGAGAUCUCGCGGGCGUCGGGGUCCAUUGGACUAAGCUACGCGGCUCACUCGCAGCUGUGCGUGAACCAGCUGUCCUUGAACGGGACGAAGGAGCAAAAGCAAAGAGUCUUGCCCGGUCUAAUCAGCGGGGAGAAGGUGGGCGCCCUGGCCAUGUCGGAGCACUCGGCGGGCAGCGAUGUCGUGAGCAUGAAGACCACGGCGAAGGCGGUGGACGGGGGCUACCGCCUGAACGGGACCAAGAUGUGGAUCACCAACGGCCCGGAGGCCGACUUCAUCGUGGUGUACGCGAAGACGGAGCCCGAGAAGAAGAGCAAGGGCAUCACGGCGUUCAUCGUGGAGAAGACCUUCGAGGGCUUCUCGGUCGCGAGGAAGCUGGACAAGCUGGGCAUGAGGGGCUCGAACACGGGCGAACUCGUCUUCGACAACGUCUUUGUGCCCAAGGAGAAUGUCUUGGGCGAGGUCAACAAGGGCGUCCGGGUGCUGAUGGAGGGCUUGGAUCUCGAGAGACUGGUCCUCAGCGCGGGCCCGUUGGGAAUCAUGCAGGCCUGCUUGGACCUGGUCCUGCCCUACACGCACCAGAGGAAGCAGUUCGACAUGCCUAUCGCCCACAACCAGCUGAUUCAAGGAAAGCUGGCCGACAUGUAUACCAAGCUCCAAGCCGCGCGGGCGUACACCUACACUACGGCGAAGAAGGUCGAUGAAGAGGGUGACAUCCGCACGCAGGACUGUGCCGGGGCAAUUCUCUAUGCGGCCGAGAGGGCCAGCGAAUGCGGGCUGGAUGCAAUCCAGUUGAUGGGUGGCAAUGGAUACGUCAACGAAAUCCCCGCCGGGAGAUUGUUGAGGGAUGCAAAACUAUACGAGAUCGGUGCCGGGACCAGCGAGAUCAGGAGGAUGGUCAUCGGAAGGGCGUUCAACAAGGAGUAUGCUGAUCAGAGCAUCUGA